AUGUCCGGACCUUUCCACUACGAGGAAUUUCUCGACAUCCAUCAGUUCGUACUCAACUUCAUCAUCCUUCUCGCCUGUAUACACGUCAUAUGCACCUGCUGUUACCGGUUCCCAUCUCUAAUCCGCCUUGUCUCGGGAUGUUGUCUUGUCGUCGCCAGCUUGGCCUACCCGAUCGGGAUCUUUGUCAAGAUCAGUCAACAUAAUGUUGGAUUUGGUGGAGGAUGUAACGGAUACGAGUACGAGUACGACGACUCUGGAUCUGAGGCAGAUAUGGAUGGUCAGGAGCAGCACACCGUUAUGAAGACGCGGUGUUAUAUGCAGUACUUGAUUGGGACCCUGAACAUGUUGAUGGCGUGCCUGUUGGCGGCAGAGGUUGGGCUGUCAUGGCGGAUGAGUCGGGAUUGGGAGUACCUAGAUCUGGUCGCGAAGGAGAGACAGGAUAUCGAGUUGAGGGAGAUGCAAAGGCGAGAGCGAGCCAUGAUGGUGCAUCAAUAUCAGCCCGACUUGACUCUGGAAGAUCAUGGUGAUGACACGAACGAUUCUACGGGAGAAGAUGAAUUGCCAGAGUACCAGCAGAGGGAGACGACCGUUGGGUUGGGGCGAUUAGUCGAUAUGGGUGACUUUGUCAACGGAGAGGCUGAGGAGGUUUGCCCACACCCUUACAUUGAGCAGGAAGAAGGAGAAGGAGAAGGUCGGGAUACAGGAUACCUGGACCCGUCGCCGUUUUCCGCGGAGGAUAUCGAGGCCCAGGCAGGACAGCCAACACCUUUGACGGAAGGAAGUGAAGGAGGAGGAGGAGGGUCGAGAACAAACGGCGAUAGCGAAUCAGAGGUUGCGAUUGAGGCUGAGGCAGAGGAAGGGUCCAGAUUGAGUACAGUCGUUGUUGUGCCGAUGGGCUUGCCUCCAAGCUACACGCCUUGA